AUGUCAGGCUCCAACAACAACAACGGCGGUGAAUCACCCACCUCAGGCAACAGUGACCAAGAGGUACAAGCUGUUAUUGACUCAUUGGGUGGCAUCCGGGCUAGCCUCAAGCUCCCAAAGCCAAAGAUGGAUAUAAGUACUGCUCGCCGAGAGACUAACGCAGGCUUGCGGCGCGCGAACUCCAUUGUGGCUUCUAUGAAGAAGCGAACUCGGUCACAGAAGGCCUCCAGCGGUGGGACAAUGGCUGCUCAAAAGAGCAGCGGCAAUGUCAACAAGCAAAAGGACGGUGCGGCAGAGGCUAAAAAACCCUUCAAUGUGGAGGCCAUUGUUCUCAUCAUCUGUGGUACUGAGAUAGAUGAUGAGGGUGACAUAGUUCUGGCAGACUCCAAGGCUCCCGCGCAGCAAGAGCUGCCUAAGCUUGAAAAGAAUGGCCUAGCAGUGAAGAAUUGGAAUAAGCCGUUCUAUCUUACUGACAGCCCAGUGUCGAUUGAGGAAGCCAUUAAUGCUGCUUUCCCACACUACAAGGCGUACGAGGAUAGCAGAGCUUCUGAUCAGCCAGACUCAGACCGGCCCUUUGUUCUCUGUUGGAGGCGGCAUCAGCGACUCAAUGUAUACGAUGACGGUGAUGGCGAAGAAUUUACAGCUGAAGCUGUUCGCACGUGUAGGGGUGGUGAUCGCAAGGCUGGUAGUGCGCUUAUAAUUGCUGCGCGCAAAGAGAUUCCCCGCCAUAUUCUCAAGCUCUGGAAAGCGGGUGGGCACAAGACAUAUAAGGCAGAAAUCUCACCUGAGUCACCAACUGCAACUACCGCCGCACGAGGCAAAAGCAAGAGGUUGGAGAGCAGGAGCAAGAGGCUGGAGAGCAGGAGCAAGGGGCUGGUGAAAGGCAAGGAAAAGGCUGCUGCGGUGGAUGUGGAUGGGCAGACAGGGCGGGCGAAAGGCAAAGGAAAGGCUGCUGCCAAGGAUGUUGACCCGAUCGAGGAUUUCAGCUUUCCUUCCGCGCCCUCUUCUGAUGGUGACGACGAUGACCCUGUGCCAAGGGAUCUUCUUUUUAGUCUCAUGCAUGGACCACCAGCAGAUCUUCACCUCGAACCACUCAUCGAAGAAGAGCUUGCGCCCAGUGAUCUCAAACGCAAGUUAUCUGAGGAGAAGACAGGAGAUAUUGAUUCAAGCUCAGAAGAUUCAGUUGUGGAAAUACCGCGACCGGUUCUGAAAAAGAGAAGAAUCUUUCCAACCUUUCCACGGGCAGGACCUUCUACAAUGAUGGCAGCUUCUCUUGCGGGUCCUUCCAACAUCGCAGGUCCCUCGAACGCCGCAGCAGGCCCAUCCAAUACCGCUCAAGCAAGCCCAUCCAAGUCAGCACGGAAGAAGAUACUGUCAACGCUAACUCAGCCAAAGCUACAGCUGCCUCACCGCAAGACCAGAACCGUACCAUCCGACACUAUAACCGUAGUGUUGAGUUCGGAUGACGAAGAACUGACUGGCUCCCGCGCACCUCCCGCUGAUGGUGAAAGGACUUCUCCGCACACCACCCUGUUUUCCCCCUCGCAUUACAGGCCUCCAGCUGGCCUGCCAAACCCAUGGGAGGAUAAUCCUCCGACGCUCGGCUUCUAA